ACUGAUCUCAUCAACCUAACGCUGAGCACCUCCGGAAACUAUAGUGACGUAUACAAGUGCACACUGACAACCGGGCCCGAAAAUACUCUCGUUUGUAGUCGACUUCAUUGCUGGAUGAGCUCAGCUUGAACAUGCUCUCUUGGCAGGUCGCAGUGAAGUUUAUCCGAUUUGGCAGGCAUAAACAGUACUACGAACGAAUCAUUCGAGAGAUACACUUGCACAUGAAACUUGAUCACCCGAAUAUCAUUCAGUUGUUAGGUAUUACAAAAGAAUUUCAAGGUGGCAGCUUCCCUUCGCUUGUGUUCCCUUGGAUGCCAAAUGGAGACCUCCAUUGCUACAUCGCGUACCACGGGGCGGGGAUCGAGAUGUCAAUCAAAUUGUCACUGGCUCGCGACAUUGCCUCUGGAGUCGCUUAUCUCCACAAAUUCCAUGUGGUUCAUGGUAACUUGGAGAGUAAAAAUGUUCUCAUGGGCCCGGAACCCGAAAAUCGAGCAUAUCUAACCGGUUUCUCGUUGUCAACGGUGCUUAGUACUAGUGAACUCUCAAACGAGUAUUCCAACAAUCCAGGGAAACCUCGAUCUGGUGCAGUGCGAUUUGCUGCUCCUGAAUGCUUCAUAGAGGAGGAAGGCGACAAUUCCUUGCCUAUGAUCAACAGCGAUAUAUACUCAAUUGGCUGCAUCUUAUUCCACGUUUUCUCUGGAUGUUUGCCUUGGCAUUAUCUAAAAUCGAACGACAUUAUCAGUGGACUUCGACAGCAUCGUACACCUUCACGUCCCUGCGGUGGCGGUAUUGAUGAUUCCCUAUGGGAUUUUAUUGAACGCUGCUGGUCCUUCAUACCGCGCAAUCGGCCAUCUGCAGCUCAGAUCCUCAAUUUUUUCGAAAAGCCGUACAAACUUAGUGGUAACGGACAUGUUUCGCCAUACGACCUUACAGAGAUGCUCCCCAAAAUUCUUCCUGCUCCCAUUGCCUUUGGAAGUUUUGCAGAUAUACGGCGGUGCACACUGGAGAGGGACGGAAAACCCCUGCAGGUAGCUGUAAAAUCGAUCCGACCCCUAUUCAAUACUGAAAAAACCCAGCGGCGCUACUUGCAUGAACUCCGGAUCUGGGCAGCACUUAUGCAGGAAAACAUUUUGCCUCUACUCGGAGUUGCUGUAAUUUAUGGUUGUUGUUGUCCCUCAAUGGUUUGUCCCUGGAUGGAAAAUGGCACACUCUCAAGUUACAUCCGUGCAUAUCCGACAAUGGAACUACAACAUAAGUUACGACUGCUCCGCGACGUCGCUACUGGCCUUCGUUAUCGUGCGCGCUAUGGAUUUAUCAUUGGUCACAUAUUGAUUGCGAAAUUUGUAGUCCACUCCCAACACGUUGUCCAUGGAGAUUUGACAAAUAACAACAUCCUCGUGGAUGUUAAUGGGCGUGCAGUCGUGGCUGAUUUUGGCCUGUCCUGCCGAUUAUCUGAAUUCAGUGGGAGUCCUCAUUCGGCCUUGACUGCAGCUGCGCAGUGGAUGGCACCAGAACUCAUGCAAAUCCCACGAGAAUCCAAAUCCCAUAUCUCCAGACAUAGCGAUAUGUAUUCCUUUGGUUCCAUCAUGAAUUAUGUCAUCUCUGGCGAACUUCCCUUCCAAAAUCAGGCACAACCCUAUUUCGCUUUGCAUAUGGGGGAAGCACCCUUUACGGAAAGAGGCAAGGACGUAUCUCAAGAGCAUUGGAAAUUUAUCCAACGGUGCUGGGGGCCAUUUAAUUGUGACGACGGAACUUCCUCUCGCCCAUCCGCUGAAGAAGCUUGUAACUUCUUGCGAAAGGAACUUGAAUCCAAACUACUGAUUACAAAAUAGUCCUUGGGACAUACAUUACGUGCUCCUCAUUCUCCUUCAUCAUAGUUUGCACUAUACAACUAUCUUUUUAUACAUACACAGGCGAUACCAGCAUCCCCAUCGCCCCUCGAGGGAGU